AAUAUAAUACUUUUUUUUUAAGUUUAAUAAACUUUAUUUUCAAGAUGUAUCUACUACAAGGUAUGCAUAUGAGAAAGAAUAGCUUAAGUGUUAUUAACAUAAUUGCUUUUAUUAGAUUUUAUUAAAUUUGUCAUAGAACUAUAUGAAGUAUUUUAAAAAUUCGUCAAACAAUUAACGAAAGUACGUGAUCAACCGCUCAUAUUUCGUUUAAUAUAAUAAUAUACAUAUACGUAGAAAUUUAUCAAAUUUAAAUUUGUGUCGUUUAUAAAAAUUAUUAUUAUUAUUAUUAUUAUUAUUAUUAUUAUUAUUAUUAUUAUAUUGGCGACACUGUAUGUAUCUUUGAUAUUUUUCAUAGGAUAAAGUAGACAACUUUUACUAUAGUAUUGGCAGGACUGUUUAAAAGGCAAAUCCGCUCGAAAUUUGUUGAUAUAACCAAAAUAGUCUAAUUUUUAAUACAUCGAUUAGUGGUUUCAGUCAGUAUCAAUCGAUGUAAUUAUUCUAUAAUGGACAAAAUUAAAUUAUUUAUAUGAUAUGAUACCUUAAAAUUUUUCGUGUGUAUUAAAGUAUGUUAUUAUAUGCAAGUAAAAUUUGAAAUAGAUUAAAUUCUUUUAAAACGAUAAACCAAUCCUUGACAAUCUAAUAAAAUUUGUAGAAAGUAUACAAAUUAUUAUAUGUCAGAAAUGGAAUUAAAUAAAAACCGAAAUCUAAUAUCAAAAAGACAUUCGUGUUCAUUUUUAGCACCAAAUUCUGCUACUCGAAAAGAUACAUCCCAACAAAAACAGCUGGAUGAACUUACCUACGGAUUCUCUAAAAAUACAUAUGAUAUUAAGAAUAAUAAAUAUCCAAAACUGACAAUUGGAAUGUUCUUUGAAUUUAUGAGAACUGCGUAUCAGGUGAAUGAUAGUUUUGAAGGUUUAGCUGCUAUUCUUACAAAUAAAAGUGAAAUAAACUGGAAUAAAUUGGCAAAAAUUAAUUUAAAUUUGGACAUAUCCAUUGAUAAUAAAAAUCCAGCAAAUGACACUCAACUGCAUAAGGAUCUUCCAAAUGAACUUGAAAGUCCUAACAACGAGAUGUCAGAUUUAACAGAAACACUAAGUACAUGUACAAAUGAAAAAAUUGAUUUCUAUACACCAGAGAUAAUGCAUAAUACAGCAGAUGACAAUAAUCAAUUAAUUUUACCUUUGACAACUAAUCAAUAUACAAAAGAAAUAAAACCUUUGCAAAGUAUUCAUGAUCAGUCAAUAGUGUGUUUGCAAACCAUAAAUUAUACAGAAAAGCAAGAUUAUUUGCAAAAUUCAAAAUCAAAAGAGGAUGAUAUUAAGGAUAGAAAUCAUUUAUCAGAGCAUAUAUUACAUGUAGAGCCAUCAAAGAGUAAGCAACACAUAGAAGAAAAAGAACCUAUUUUAACAAAAAUUCUGCGGAAAAAUUUGAGUGAUAUAUUGCAUGAAGGAUUGUUAGACUCUAUAUUGCCAUAUAUGCUUCCAAAGCCUGCAAUAUCACAGCCUGUUAUUAAAAAAUCCAUUGUUAAUAUAAACAUCAAAAGGAGUACUUCUUUAUCUAAUGAUAUUGAUAAUGGAAUAAUAAAUAAUCUGUCAAUAUCUAAAGAUAAAGAUAAAAAUAAACAAGUGAAAAAAGCUGCAGAUAUGACAGAAGUAGAAAUUCAUGUAUGUGACGAGGGAAAAAAUAUGAAGAAGGAUUUCCGAUGUCCUCAAAAAUUACUGAUACAAAAAAUGCAUUAUUUUGCUGAUAUAACAGCUGGCCAGAAAUUAGAAGAAAUAGAUAUAUCUGUCCAUUGCGAUAUUGUUAUUUUUGAUUGGUUAAUGAGAUGGGUUAAAAAAGAUAUCACAAAAAAAUCUGAAUGGCCUAUUUUAGAAGCAAGCAAUGUUAUUCCUAUAAUGGUUUCUGCAUCCUUUCUACAAAUGGAACCGUUAUUAGAAAAUUGUUUUCAAUAUUGUCAUGACAAUAUGUCAGAUAUUUUAAAAACAUCAACAAUUUUGACAUGCUUGAAUGAUAAUCUUCUUACAAGAUUGGCUAAACUAUUUACAAACGAGGAUGUAGAAAAUUUACAAGACAAAAAAGAUAAAAUUCAAAGCCGAUUGUUCUGCAAGCUUAUCAUGUCAUUAAUAGAAAUUAAUCCAGAUAAUAAAAAGGGACAUUAUGGUUCUUUGGCUACUUUAUUUAAAUGUGGAAAAUGUAAUAAAAAUGUUGUGCAAUCAAUUUCUGACUUCAUUCCAUGUAUUUCAACUGCUAUGCAGAUAGAUAAUAAAGGGACUAUUCAUAAUAAACAUAUAAGAGAUUCAACAUGGUCAUUAAAUGAAUAUAUUACAAACUUGCGGAUGGAAUUGCGUUCAUGGCGUAAAGUAUAUUGGAGAUUGUGGGGUGACUGCCAUUUUCUCUUUUGUCAAUAUUGUAAUACAUAUUUUUCAAUACAUCAAAUGGGUUGGUGUUGUUACCAUCCUGAAUGUCCACAAUUUUUUGUAAAUGAACAUCAAAGACCUAUGUCAUUUCCAUUGGGCAGAUAUCCCUGUUGUAGUCAACGUGCUUACAGAUUUGAAGUUUUACCAAACCAACAAGGCUGCAAAUACAAGGAACACUUACCAAAUAUCAAAACAGAAAAUGAUAUGAAUAUAUUGAACAUCUUUAUAACGUACAGAGAUAUUAUAUCUAUAGAACCCCCUCAGUUAUUUUUUCCAGAAAAAAUUACAAGAUUAGUAACACACGAUUCAAGCAUUCAAUCAGGCAAGUUAAUAUGUAAAGAAACAAUGUGGUGGAAUGGUUUAGAACUUGUACCAUCAAGACUGCAACUUGGUCUAUUAGGAAAAAUUUGGAAUGGAUCAAUUAUUCAUAAGUCUACUCAGAUCAUUGACCUAGAAAAACCUUUGCAAAAAGAUAAUCGUCAAAUAACAGGCAGAUCUUCUACUAGCUCUUCAGUUACAUUUAGUGAUGACGAUGAAAUAGAAAUGAAUGAUGAUGAUAACACGGAUAACGAAUCGUAUGACAGCGAAGAAUCAUCAGUAUGGUCCAGUUUAAAAACUAUUAAAAAAACAAACAAAAAAUCGAAAGCUACAACUAUCAAAAGGGAAAAUGGUAAAUGUUGGAGUACAAGUUUAAUGGUAAGAUAUAAUCAGGAUAAUCAAAGAGAUUUUGAAGAAAGAAUUAAUGCACAAAUGAUUUCACUGUUAACAAAAAGAACAUCUAUAGAACACAUCCUAUUAUCAAAAUCAUAUAAUAGACAACGCAGCCAAAUUUAUAAAAAUAUUCUACCAAUAGGUAUGUGUGGAUCCUAUAUGAAAUUAGAAGCAGAGUUUCGUGAUCAAUGGGCUCAAACUUAUAAGAACUCUUCAACGGGAAAGAACACAAUGCGUUUGAAAAAACAAUAAGCUUUACUAAAUAUUUAAAAUCUUUUAUAUAAAUUAUAUUUCAUCUAUAUCGUUAUAUUAGGCUAAUACUCACGUAUUUUUGUAAUUUAUGAUACGAAAAAAUUAUGUUUAUAUAAAAUAUAAGUUACCUAC